GCUAGGACCCAACGGAUCUAGUCCUUGCAAGCGCACAUGGACAUUGUAGAGUGUAGCGGCUCUGAUGUUAAAGAGUACGCUGGUCUCUGAAUCAGAUUUUUUAUGUAGGCUAUUUCUGUCGCACCCGCUUUACUUCUAAUUUUUCAAACUCUCUUGUCAGUGUCUUGGUGACAUUACUGCCAAGUCCUUGAGUGCGACACGCAGGGAUUUCAGCAUGCUUGGAUGAAAAGUUUUUGACAGCUCCUCUUUCGUGGUCCCGCUAUAAGAAGUCAAUACUUGUUCUUCCUCUGUUUCGGAGCUGAUCCCACUCUACUGCUUGCAUCCCGUAUCUGUCAAUCACUCGUGGACAGCAUAUUAUGGUCGUGUCGGUGCAAUAAUUCACCCUGAACGCAUUUCUUUCCCAAAUCGGGCAAAAUGACUAACUGGCGUUGGACGAACUUUGCAUUUCUAAUGGUUUUUCAUGUCUUGUCCAUGUCAACAGCAACGGGCAAUACAGACAACACACUUCUGAAUUUACAUGAUGGGAAAAGCUUGGACCAGAGUGUGCUGCACAGUGCUGUCCCUAAGCCCCAACGCUAUGACACCACGGUACCUCUCCUGCUGGAAGGGCGGCAGCGCAAACCACUCAGCCAGCUCAAGUCCAGGAGUCAUCCUGCAUCACUGAAGCUGGUGGUGGAGGUGGAAGGUGAACAACUGGUCCUGGCACUAGAAAAAAACCAGGGCCUGUUUGCGAGCCAUUACACUGAGACACAUUAUCUGGACGAUGGCAGUGCAGUCACUGGUGCUCACAACUUUACGAAGAACUGCUACUACCAUGGAGAAGUGGAGGGCCACGCUAACUCUGACGUCACUCUCAGCACCUGUUCUGGACUCCGGGGUUUCAUCUCACUUCAAAAUAAGACCUUCAUCCUUGAACCAUCGUUGUACCAGGACAAUGAUAAACACAUCAUCUACCGAGGGGAAAACCUCAACCUGUCCCCUGGAACCUGUGGUCAUGGCUUCAACAUGUCCUCUGUUACCCCUGACAACCAUCUGAGAAGCCCUUUCAGAACAUUCAGUACCAGGAACAAGAGGCACGCUCAGAAAACUACCAAAUAUGUAGAGCUGGUCAUCGUUGCAGACAACAGAGAGUUUCAGAAACAGGGGAAGGACGUUGAGAGGGUGAAGCAGAGACUGGCAGAGAUAGCCAAUUACGUGGACAAGUUCUAUAGGGUCCUGAACAUCCGUGUGGCCCUAGUGGGCCUGGAGGUAUGGAGCGACGCUGACAAGUGUCCUGUCACUCAGGACCCCUUCAACACCCUGCAUGAGUUCCUAGACUGGAGGAAAGUCAAACUACUGCCUACAAAGUCACACGACAACGCUCAGCUCAUCAGUGGGGUGUACUUCCAGGGUACCACCAUUGGCAUGGCCCCCAUCAUGAGCAUGUGUACAGUGGAGCAGUCUGGAGGCAUCGUCAUGGAUCAUUCGGAUAAUCCCCUGGGCGCGGCUGUGACUUUAGCACAUGAGCUGGGGCACAACUUUGGCAUGAACCACGACACUCCAGAGCGGGGGUGUGGCUGCAGGAUGACAGUGGACCGCGGGGGCUGUAUCAUGACCCCCUCCACUGGGUACCCAUUUCCUACGGUAUUCAGCACCUGCAGUAAGAAGGACCUGGCAGCCAGUCUGGAGAAGGGAGUGGGGAUGUGUCUGUACAACAUGCCUGAGGUCAAGGUGCUGUACGGGGGACAGAAGUGUGGCAAUGGAUACGUGGAGGAGGGAGAGGAGUGUGACUGUGGAGAACUGGAGGAAUGCAUGAACCCCUGCUGCAAUGCCACCACCUGCACCCUGAAGGGAAAUGCCGUGUGCGCCCACGGACAGUGCUGCGAGGACUGCAGGCUGAAGCCUGCUGGCACACCGUGUCGAGAGUCCAGUAACUCCUGUGAUUUGCCAGAGUUCUGUACUGGUGCCAAUCCCCACUGCCCUGCCAACGUGUACCUGCACGACGGUCACUCCUGCCACAACGUGGAUGGAUACUGCUACAACGGCAUCUGCCAGACUCAUGAGCAGCAGUGCAUCACGCUAUGGGGACCAGGAGCCAAACCUGCCCCAGGGAUCUGCUUUGAGAGGGUCAACUCAGCAGGAGAUCCUUACGGGAACUGUGGGAAGGACUCCAAAGGAUCGUUUGCCAAAUGUGAAGCCCGAGACGCAAAGUGUGGCAAAAUUCAGUGUCAAGGAGGGGCCAACCGGCCUGUGAUUGGCACCAAUGCCGUCUCCAUAGAAACCAACAUCCCUCUUCAGGAAGGAGGGAGGAUCCUGUGUCGGGGAACCCACGUCUACCUGGGUGAUGACAUGCCCGACCCUGGACUGGUUCUGGCUGGCACCAAGUGUGGAGAGGGCAUGAUGUGUCUGAAUCGUCAGUGCCAGAAUGUCAGUGUGUUUGGAGUGCACCAGUGUUCAGGGAAGUGCAGCGGACGAGGGGUGUGUAACAACUUGGAGAACUGCCAUUGUGAGGCACACUGGGCCCCUCCUUUCUGUGAGAGGGCGGGGUUUGGGGGCAGCCUAGACAGUGGACCAAUGAGAUUGGCAGAUGUGCGUGUGUGUGUAUUAAUGUGCGUGUUGUCGUAUGUGACAUCAGCCGACAGCAGGGUGGUUGCUGUGGCAAUCCUGGCCACCCUCCUCAGCCUUAUGGGUGCUGGGUUCCUGGUAUUCCUUAAGAGGAAGACUCUGGUCCGUCUGCUCUUCACAAACAAGAAAACCACAAUGGAGAAACUGAGAUCAGUUGGGUCGACCAGACCAGCCAGCCCCAACCAGACUCAGUCCAUGUACAGUCCACGGCGCAAGCCCCCAGCCAAGCCUCCAGGUACCAGCAUAUACAAGCCAUCACACCUGAGUUCGGAGCCUCUUCUCCCUCCACACAGUUUCCACUCCCACAGCUUGCGGCGGCUGCCCCACUACCAGCCCCUCCACAUCAGCCACCCCAUGCCUGUCUCCCUGAGUGUGGGUCAGCAGCCCCUGCCACCGGUCCCGCCCCACCACAAGGCUCUGCCGGCCCACACCGCUCUCUCCCCACCACGGGCACCGCCCUUCCACAGCCUGCCCCGACAGCAGCCCUACAGAAUGGACCAGGACUGCGAGAAACCCAGUCCACCCCAGAAGCCCCUGCCUGCAGACCCUCUGGGCAGGAGGGCUCGGGUGGGACGCAGCACCUCGGUGGUGGGGAUUCGCCUCCCUGGACCCAUCCCUAUCCCCAUCCCCACCGUACCCAGACCCCUGCUCACCAAUCCACAACUGAACAGACCUGCACCCAUACAACCCCUGAGACUGCCAAAGACUCAUCAUUUUGACCCCUGAUCUCAAAGAAGAUCUGAUGGAAUGGAAAAGUGGAGCGCUCUAUGGAUGGAGACCCAUAUUUGCACUACAAGAAUACCAGACCUUUGCAACUUUGAAAGUGUCUCAGAGUUUUAGGGAAAGGAGACUGACUUCAAACCUUGGUGCUGUACCUCUGCUUUUGUUGUCCUCGCUCAGGUACAAAUGAACUAUUUAAUGUCAUAUUUAUUAUUACUGUGUGCACAGUGCACUCUGGUAGACCCUAUUGACAGUAGCAUAUUGACACUUGGAUCGCUGUUGGUGAUUUUUAUUUUUUACCCCCAGCAAAAUCAGAAGACCAGUUUGCCAUAUAAUGGAGGGUAUGUUUUUACAUAUACAGUUAAGGAGAGACAUACUGAAAAAGGUAUUUUAUUUUUAUCCUGUGAAGUUCCUAGAAUAAUUGGAGAGAAACACAGAUUGGGUUCAAGUUAAAGGGAAACAGAGCACUGCAUGGAACACUUUGAGAGUAACUUGUAACUCACUAAGCAGCAGUGUUAGGGACUGGGAAUUUUUGUUCAGUUUAUCAUUAAUAAGAAGUGCUUUUACAAUCAAAGGCGUCCACUCACUUCAUAAUCAGAAACGGUGUUGACUGACAUGUUGGACGUAUCAAUUGAGGUGUGUUUCGACUAAUCCAAUUCAGUGCAAAAGCAAGGGAAUUGUUCAGAAUGGACACAUACUUGAGAAUUGACUGUUACGUGAUCUUUGUAUUCAUACAUAAUCUUUAUUCAUAUACAGUUGAAGUCGGAAGUUUACAUAUACUUUAGCCAAAUACAUUUAAACUCAGUUUUUCACAAUUAUUGACAUUUAAUCCUGGUACUAAUUCGCUGUCUUAGGUCAGUUAGGCUCACCACUUUAUUUUAAGAAUGUGAAAUAUCAGAAUAAUAGUAGAGAGAAUGAUUUAGUUCAGCUUUGAUUUGUUUCAUCACAUUCCCAGUGGGUCAGAAGUUUACAUACAGUCAAUUAGUAUUUGGUAGCAUUGCCUUUAAAUUGUUUAACUUGGGUCAAAUGUUUCAGGUAGCCUACCACAAGCUUCCCACAAUAAUUUGGAUGAAUUUUGGCCCCUUCCUCCUGACAGAACUGGUGUUACUGAGUCAGGAUUGUAGGCCGCUUGCUCACACAUGCUUUUUCAGUUCUGCCCACAAAUGUUCUAUAGGAUUGAGGUCAGGGCUUUGUGAUGGCCACUCCAAUACCUUGACUUUGUUGUCCUUAAGCCAUUUUGCCACAACUUUGGAAGUAUGAUUGGCGUCAUUGUGCAUUUGGAAGACCCAUUUGCGAACAUGCUUUAACUUCCUGACUGAUGUCUUGAGAUGUUGCUUCAAUAUGUCCACAUAAUUUUCUUUCCUCAUGAUUCCAUCUAUUUUGUGAAGUGCACCAGUCCCUCCUGCAGCAAAGCACCCCCACAACAUGAUGCUGCCACCCCUGUGCUUCACGGUUGGGAUGGUGUUCUUCGGCGAUGGUCAUUAUGUCCAAACAGUUCUAUUUUUGCUUCAUCAGACCAGAGAACAUUUCUCUAAAAAGUAUGAUCUUUGUCCCCAUGUGCAGUUUCAAACCGUAGUCUGGCUUUUUUAUGGCGGUUUUGGAGCAGUGGCUUCUUCCUUGCUGAGCGGCCUUUCAGGUUAUGUCGAUAUAGGACUUGUUUUACUGUGGAUAUACAGUGGGGCAAAAAAGUAUUUAGUCAGCCACCAAUUGUGCAAGUUCUCCCACUUAAAAAAAUGAGAGAGGCCUGUGAUUUUCAUCAUAGGUACACUUCAACUAUGACAGACAAAAUGAGAAAAAAAAUCAAGAAAAUCACAUUGUAGAAUUUUUAAUGAAUUUAUUUGCAAAUUAUGGUGGAAAAUAAGUAUUUGGUCACUUACAAACAAGCAAGAUUUCUGGCUCUCACAGACCUGUAACUUCUUCUUUAAGAGGCUCCUCUGUCCUCCACUCGUUACCUGUAUUAAUGGUACCUGUUUGAACUUGUUAUCAGUAUAAAAGACACCUGUCCACAACCUCAAACAGUCACACUCCAAACUCCACUAUGGCCAAGACCAAAGAGCUGUCAAAGGACACCAGAAACAAAAUUGUAGACCUGCACCAGGCUGGGAAGACUGAAUCUGCAAUAGGUACGCAGCUUGGUUUGAAGAAAUCAACUAUGGGAGCAAUUAUUAGGAAAUGGAAGACAUACAAGACCACUGAUAAUCUCCCUCGAUCUGGGGCUCCAUGCAAGAUCUCACCCCGUGGGGUCAAAAUGAUCACAAGAACGGUGAGCAAAGAUUUUUUGUCUGUCAUAGUUGAAGUGUACCUAUGAUGAAAAUUACAGGCCUCUCUCAUCUUUUUAAGUGGGAGAACUUGCACAAUUGGUGAUGGACUAAAUACUUUUUCCGCCCACUGUAGAUACUUCUGUACCUGUUUCCUCCAGCAUCUUCACAAGGUCCUUUGCUGUUGUUCUGGGAUUGAUUUGCACUUUUCACACCAAAGUAUGUUCAUCUCUAGGAGAAAGAACACGUCUCCUUCCUGAGCAGUAUGGCGGCUGCGUGGUCCCAUGGUGUUUAUACUUGCCUACUAUUGUUUGUACAGAUGAACGUGGUGCCUUCAGUCGUUUGGAAAUUGCUCCCAAGGAUGAACCAGACUUGUGGAGGUCUACAAUAUUUUUUUCUGAGUUUUGCAUUUGGUGUUUGCUGAAACUUGGCACUUAUUUGUAAGUAUUGCUCAAGCUUUCUCCCUUUCCUCCCUACAAACUGUCUGAUUUCUUUUGAUUUUCCAUGAUGUCAAGCAAAGAGGCACUGAGUUUGAAGGUAGCCCUGGAACUACAUCCACAGGUACACCUCCAAUUGACUCAAAUGAUGUCAAUUAGCCUAUCAGAAGCUUCUAAAGCCAUGACAUAAUUUUCUGGAAUUUUCCAAGCUGUUUAAAGGCACAGUCAAUUUAAUGUAUGUAAACAUCUGAUCCACUGGAAUUGUGAUACAGUGAAUUAUAAGUGAAAUAAUCUGUCUGUAAACAAUUGUUGGAAAAACGACUUGUGUCAUGCACAAAGUAGAUGUCCUAACCGACUUGCCAAAACUAUAGUUUGUUAACAAGAAAUGUGUGGAGUGGUUGAAAAACGAGUUUGAAUGACUCCCCAACAUAAGUGUAUGUAAACUUCUGACUUCAACUGUAUACCCUAAUAUUUUAAUUGGCAGGGUAUUGGAUACAAUUACAGAACUACCCCAAAGAACAGUAUAUCUAACCUUGUAAUGUUUCUCCACUGGCAAACUUGAACACGUUUACUAAUUGACAAAUGGUGUUGCGCUCUUACAUUCCCUUAUUAGUUCAUGUUAGGACCACAAACUUGAAGGAUAUGCUGUAUUCACCACUUCACUAAAUAAUCAACUCUCUUACACACAGCUUGGAGUAUUUGCUGGCAGUUGUGCAAUACGUAAUGCUCCCAGCGGAGCAAAGAGUGUGAUAUGACCUGACCCUGCCGGGUUUCAGAGAAUUACAGCAACACCAAAUAAUGCAAUAUAACAGGGCUUGUGGAGGAGUGUGCUACAUGAACUAUCUUAACUCACUUGAUGCUGUAGUGUCAGGAUGACUUCAGUGUUGUGAACAGUCCAAACCCAACCUAGAUGGUGUCUGAUGUUUUAUUCAUUUCUGUGUUUUCAAAGUUCACUCAGACAAACGUAUGGCCAAGUGGUUUGGUUUAUGAGGUAAUUCCCAGUACUUGACAUAUUUAUCACUAUUCAUUUGAUAUUGGAGCUUGGUGUCAGACAUUGGCAUGCAACUCUCCUUUGAAGUUUUCAAGACUCCCUUUAAGUUUAAUUUGUCCAUUGAAAUAUUACAGUCUAUUACAGGACAUACUCCCAAUACCUGUAUUGAGUGUUGAGUUUUUGUCCCUUUAAACUUGACCAACAAUUUUUGGACUUUUAGAUUUCCAGUACAUUAAAAUGUCCAAAUGAAAGUAGAGACUGCUUGCAUAAUGUUUUGGUCACAAUGUUUCAUUAAACAUAGCUUUGAUGAAUGCUGAGUAAGAGUGUUCCUCAUACUGCUCAGUCCUCUGGCAUGGCACGGGGGGGGGGGCGCGUGUGAGAGCACGCUUUCCAUAUGCAGUUAUGACCUCACUCUCAUAACUACUCAUAAGAUUGUUUCAACAGGAGGGAACUUUUACAUGUAAAAGCAGUCAGUACAGCAGUAAAACAGGGGCACAUGUGGUUGCAUUAUUGUAGGUGUAAAACAAAAUAUCAAACCUGGUCUGCAAUGUAGUGGGUCAUCACCAAAGUACUGGUGUGCUUUAGUUAAAUGGAUGCAUAUGUGUGUGUAUGCAUAUGCAAUGUACGUCUUGUCGCUCAAUAUUGUGGAAUGCACUACUUACAUUGGACUUGCAUCAGAAGUUCAUUGCAUAGUUGCAUUUACACUUUUAGUAAGCACUCUAUGUGUUACAGUUUUACAGAUGUAGAUAUACUGCUAUCUGAUGUCAGCAUUUGUCCGUUUUGGAAGAUCUUCAGGUCUGUUCAUCUGUGUAAAAGUUGCUUUUUACAAAUGUACUGUAUUUUUGGGGGGUAUAACUAUUACAUUUUCAAAUGACUAGCCAUUGUACAGUUAGUGUAAAUAUAGUAUCUUUCAGCAAUCAUGUUUCUUUUCUUUUAUGCUUUAUUUUUUACAAGAGCAGUUAGAGCCUAAAUAAAGUGAUGGUUUCUCCUGUUCAAUAAAGUGAUGGUUUCUCCUGUUCAAUAAAA